AAAUCCAAAUUACUUUGCAUUUUCACUAUCUAGUCAUAUGAUCUAACUGCCUCAAACUGCUCAAGAUCAUGACCAUAAUCAAGUUGCUUUGGGUGUCAGUGCACAUGUUUACUGUGAUUUAACUUUGUCUCUACCUCACCCCAACAUCACUUUCUGUAUCUCUUUUGUUGGUAAUCUAUUUGACAGCUAGUAUGUGAGUGAUGUGAAUGGUAUAAAAUAUUACAGCUGGACUUCAUAGAAGGAUUGCUAGAAGAGUCAAUACUUAUUUUAAACAUAUGAUGGAAAGGUACAGCUAAGGUAACCUGGAACGUGGCUUCUCACCACUUUUGAGUACUUUUCUGCAUACUCAAUUGAUGUUUCUGACUCCAGUCAUGAGCUGCAUUUUUCCAGCUUGUGCUCUUAAUCUAUAAACAGCGUUCUGCUCACAUAAAUGUGGAUGGUAGAAAAGUUUCUUUGUAGUCAGUCCGUAACUUUGAGGACCUAAACACCUUCCAGUGCUCAGUACAUGCCUUCCAUGAAUCUCCAGUCUGCUCUAGAGCAUCUGCAUGUCUACCAGGGCUUCCCACUGUUCUUUAGCUCCCCCUGAGAGUCUCACAGUCACCCCUAGUGUCCUCUAGGAUGCUCUAGAGGCCUCUCAGUGCAGCCCUGAGGCCUCCCAUGGCCCUCCAGUGCAAUCUAGUGUCCCCUGGAUGCCUCCCAGUGCACUCUAUGACUUGCACAUGCCUCACAGCACCCCCCAGCCUGAUAGUUUAGGAUACUCGAGGCCUUCCACGGACCCCCAGUGCACUCUAGAGAGCACUAGAGGCCUCCCAGUGUGCCCCAGAGGCUCUCAGGACCUUCCAGUGUAAGCUAGUACCCCUAGGAAAAUUCACAGGGUUUUCCAGUGAGCUCUAGCACUCCCUAGAAACUUCCCGGAGUACUCUAGAGACCUUCAAGGGACCCCAGUACCCUUUAGUAUCCCCUGUAGGCAUCCCAUGGCCUCCUAGCGCGUGCUAGAGUCUUCCAGGGCCUCCCUCUGUGGUCUGGCACACCCUGAAAGCCUCCCAGUUCCCCCAGGUGUGCUCUAACAUCCAUUGGAGACCUUUCAGAGCUGUCCAUUGUACUCCAGGUUUUACUAGGGACCUCCCAGGGCCCCCUGAGAGCUGCUCUGUGUACCACAAUGAGCUAUGCUCUAGUUUUGCUUGAGAAAUAAUUUACUAUACCCAUCUUCUGCUCUAGGUAGGGUUAUAACCAUUUGUGAGUGUAGUGAGAAGCCCACCUAAAUGAAACCAGUGUUUGUCCAGUAAUCAUUCCUUCUUUGUCUGACCCAAGUAGCUUAUACAAACAAAUUCAAACAAGUAGUAGCGGAAAGAGAGAAAUGCAGUAAGUCAGUGGUAACGAUAGAACAAGUCCCUGCAGGGAUGGUAGGCAUACGUGCUUCAAGUAGGAACAAGAACUGCCAGACUGUGACAUGCUAAGAUUCACUCAUAGCUGCGUAGCCAUGGGCAUUAUCUUAUCCAUGAAUUAUUUAAAAAAAUACUGUAGGGUUUGGGUUACGAGAUGUUGUACUGAGGGUGUCUGUGCCCUUUGUCAGUGUUAAAUGAUUAACUCAAGCACAACCAAGGCAUCUUUCUGGGUAUUACAGAAUAUGAAGUGAGACUAAAAGGAGAAAUUACUUCUUAAAAAUGACAUGAAAUCAGAAGAAGCACAUAGGAAAAGUAACUGUCCCAAAUUAAUUUACCAGUUUGAAUUUUACUAUGAAUUUUCACUUGAUAAUGUCCAGAAAUGAUCACCUUAGUAUCUCACUGAUUUGAGGAAACUUUCAGAAAGUAAAAAGCUCUUGUUUCUUGCCAGAGUGCAUUGUGUCCUGAGACAGAAGCGUUCUAAACAUCUUAGUGAUAACAACAGAACUUUUUUCUAUGCCAUGCAACUACAAGCAGAGAAAAAAUAAAAUACUAAAAUACUCUCCCUAUAUUUGUGUUGGCUGCCUUACAGUCAUCAGCAUGUUCUAAUUGCAUCCUGACGGACUGCAACUUUGUUUUUCAUACCUUAAAGAACCGCAAUAGCGCAACAAAUGUGCAGGGUUUGUAUUGUUGCAUUUGGUCUCCCUCUAGUGGAUUGGUUGCAAAAUUACCUCUUUGCCAAAGCAAACGCAGAGCUUAAAAAAGAAAAACGGCUUCAAACUACAAAUACCAGCAGCUCUCAGCACAGUUGAGAAAGGACCCAGGACACGCCUCUCAGUCUUAUUCUCACAAAUAUUUGUUUAUUGUCUAGCUGUAAAAGCCAAUGUGAAACUAAGCAUUUUGAAACAUUAUCUCUGGAUUUACUUGGGAGUGCAGUUAGCAGAAGGCAGCUGCAGCAGCCUGGAAAUUACCAUGGAAGAGAUCCUGAGAAGAGAAUUGAAAACUUCAGUUCUGAAAGCCUUUGGGAGCUCGGGAGGAGGAUACAUUAGCCAAGGCCAAGCUUAUGAAACAGACAGUGGAAGAGUAUUUGUUAAAAUCAACCAUAAGCCUCAGGCUAGAAAAAUGUUUGAAGGGGAAAUGGCAAGUUUGGAAUCAAUUCAGAAAACCAAUAUUGUGAGAGUGCCUCAGCCUAUUAAAGUAAUUGACCUUCCCGGAGGAGGAGCAAUGUUUGUCAUGGAGUACCUAAAGAUGAAGCAUCUCAACAAAUACUCUUCAAAGCUUGGAAAGCAGAUAGCAGAGCUUCAUCUUUAUAACCAGUCACUCAGAGACAAAUUGAGAAAGGAGGGAAACACAGUUGGUAAAGGAGCCAGUCACUCUGAGUUUCAGUAUGUGGAUAAGUUUGGAUUCCAUGUAGCCACUUGCUGUGGUUACAUACCACAGGUGAAUGAAUGGCAGAGUGAUUGGCCUUCUUUCUUUAUUCGUCACAGACUCCAGGCACAAUUGGAUUUGAUUGAAAAAGAUUAUGGAGACAGAGAAGCAAGAGAGCUUUGGUCACAGCUAAAAAUAAAGAUUCCUGAAAUGUUCCAUGAUGUAGAAAUUGUUCCUGCCCUCCUGCAUGGGGACAUGUGGGCAGGAAAUGUGGCUGAGGAUGACUCUGGGCCAAUUAUCUUUGACCCUGCUUCCUUUUAUGGCCAUUCAGAGUUUGAACUGGCCAUUGCUGGAAUGUUUGGUGGCUUUAGCAGCUCAUUUUUCUCUGCCUAUCACAGUGUAAUACCCAAAGCUCCAGGAUUUGAGAAACGAAAUAAAUUGUAUCAGCUCUUUAAUUACAUAAACCACUGGAACCAUUUUGGGACAGGAUACAGGGGGUCUACCCUAAAUCUAAUGAGAAAACUUCUAAAAUAA